AUGUCGCUGUUUGCUAAGGUUGAGGCAGCUCCUCCAAUUGAGGUUUUCCACAUGAACAAGAUGUAUCAGGAUGAGAAGUCUCCUACUAAGGUCAAUUUGACUGUGGGAGCUUAUCGUACCGAAGAAGGAGAACCGUACGUUUUACCUGUUGUCAGAGAAGCAGAAUUAAAGUUAGCAAACGAUUCUUCUCAAAAUCAUGAAUAUUUACCUGUUCUUGGUUACCAGCCGUUUAUUGACGCAGCUCUGGAACUUUUGCUUGGAAAGGAUUCACUUGUUAUUAAAGAAGGGCGGGUUACUGGAGCUCAGUGCCUUUCGGGAACAGGAUCAAUACGUGCUGGAGCAGAUUUUCUUCAACGUAUUGUUGGCUUAAAAACAGUCUACCUGACUAAACCAACUUGGGGAAACCAUAAGUUAAUUUUCACUAGAGCGAAUUUCACGGAUAUACUAGAAUUUCGGUAUUGGGAUGAAGUUAAUCGUUGUGUUGAUAUCAAAGGACUUUUGGAAGACCUUGAAGCAGCGCCUGAGAGGUCAGUAAUUCUUCUUCAUGGGUGCGCUCAGAAUCCCACUGGUAUAGAUCCUACCCAUGAACAGUGGCAGAAGAUUGCUGAAGUCAUGAAGCGGAAAAAACUCUUCCCAUUUUUUGACAUUGCCUACCAAGGUUUCGCUAGUGGAGAUCCAGAUAGUGAUGCUUGGGCAGUUCGUUAUUUCGCCAGCCAGGGCUUUGAGAUGGUUGUUGCCCAGUCGUUUGCGAAAAAUUUUGGACUUUAUAACGAGCGUAUUGGGAAUUUGGCCAUUAUCGCUUCUGAUCCGGCUGUACUUGCAAAUGUCAAGUCACAGAUGUCUCUAGUUAUCCGAUCAAAUUGGUCCAACCCGCCUAACCAUGGGGCUAAGGUCGUUCAUAUGAUCCUGACAACUCCAGAAAUGAGGAGUCAGUGGUUUGAAUCUAUUAAGAUAAUGUCAUCGAGAAUCAGAAAUAUGAGGGCUGCUUUACGUGAGCACCUUGAAAAGCUGGGCACUCCUGGAAAAUGGGACCAUAUAACUCAACAAAUUGGGAUGUUCUCCUACACUGGGCUUAAUCAGCGACAAGUUGAAAAUAUGGUGAAGAAACAUAAGAUCUUCCUGUUGAAAAAUGGAAGAAUCAAUGUAUGCGGAUUGAACACGAAAAAUGUCGAGUACGUAGCUAAAGCAAUGGAUGAAUCUGUGAGGAACAUACAAUAG